AGAGAGUCUGUGGUUUCCAUGGAGAUGAAGCUGAAAGUGCAGGAAAUUUAAAGGCUUUGGGUCCUUGCAAAGCAGACAAACUGGUGCCAACGUGCGUGGCUGCUGUUGCUGCUGAGGAGGCUGCUUUGCAAACGGCGGAGAGAAGCGGGGAGGAAGAAUCGGCAGCAACUUCUUCCACACGCACGGGCAGACAACGAGGAGCGGCAGCAGCAAGCAGAAUUCGCAACAAAAAGAGGCAUCUCCCGUUCCCGGGAAGGGCGAGAAGAAGCAGCAACAGCAGCAGAAUUUUGGAGCGGCUCCACCAGGAGAAAUUUUUAUAGAGAAGGCUACAAGAGAGAGUGUUUGCAGGGGGCUUGUUCUCCGGGCUUAUCAGGGGGCUGUCUUUGCUGGUGGUGCGGCGAGUGGAGGUGAUCCCCCUCAAAGACGAGUUAUUUUGGAUAUCCCCGUACAAGUUUUCUGAUGUAUUUGCUUGCACCUUCUUCCCCUGCUGUUUGGUGAACCCAGCCCCCCUUUCCCCCCCCCACCGGUCUCCCAAGGAUGGAUCAUUCCCAGUGCCUUGUGACUAUAUACGCCUUGGUGGUUCUGCUGGGUCUCCGGCUAGAGCAGGGCGCCUGCCAGCACUAUCUGCACAUCCGACCGGCUCCCAGCGACAACUUGCCCUUGGUGGAUCUAAUCGAGCACCCGGACCCUAUCUUUGACCCCAAGGAGAAGGAUCUUAAUGAGACCUUGCUAAGGAACCUCAUGGGCGGUCACUUCGACCCUAACUUUAUGGCUGUUUCCUUGCCCGAGGACCGGCUCGGAGUGGACGAUCUAGCUGAGCUGGACUUGCUGCUCAGGCAGAGACCCUCGGGAGCGAUGCCCAGCGAAAUCAAAGGGCUGGAGUUCUACGACGGGCUGCAGCCGGGCAAGAAGCACAGGCUGAGCAAGAAGCUGCGCAGGAAGCUGCAGAUGUGGCUUUGGUCCCAGACCUUCUGCCCGGUCCUAUACACGUGGAACGAUCUCGGCAGCCGCUUUUGGCCCCGGUAUGUCAAAGUGGGCAGCUGCUACAGUAAAAGGUCUUGUUCAGUCCCCGAAGGCAUGGUUUGCAAACCUGCCAAGUCCGUGCAUUUAACGAUCCUGAGGUGGAGGUGCCAGCGCCGGGGAGGGCAGAGGUGCACAUGGAUACCCAUCCAGUACCCCAUCAUUUCGGAGUGCAAGUGCUCCUGCUAGGGCUGGCACUUACCUUCUCGCCCCUUCUCCAGCGGACUCACGUGGACCUUUGCUGCAACAGAAAUAAAAGACAUUUGCUUUCUGGUUAACGUUGUAAUGCACUGUAACGUGUAGGAGAAUGUAUAUUGUGUGUAUAUAUGGCACCGGUUUAAUAUACUAUUAAAAGGUCAGUAUUAUACGUGAAAUAAUCAGCGUCUACUGUAUUUUUAAGACUAUUACCCUGA